GAGAGAUUCGGACCGAGAAAGUGACGAUUACCCCAUUAAUUUGAGCGAGGAUGAAAGAUUCGUAGAUGAGGAACGUUACAGUGAAGGACUUGAGAGGCAGUGAUGGACGUAUCUUUUUUCGCUCUGACCUUAACUUAGGUACAAGCUGGCUCAUUGGAUUCCACACUCUCCUUUUUCUAUUGUGGAUCACGGAUUUGUAUUUUAAACCACCUCGGAUACUAUAUCCUCUUGAAAAUGAGAGUCGAGCACGCGAAAUGGACAUUUAAAGUGACUUUUAUCUCCAAGACAAUACAUCGGUGACACACUUAGCUACUGAGCUAACGUGUUAGCAUCGUUCUCAAAUGAAGAUAGAAACAAAAUAAAUAAACCCCUGACUGGAAGGAUAGACAGAAGACCAACAAUAAUAUUAAACCAUGUACAUGUAACUACGCGGUUAAAAAUUCUCAGCCUGGUAAGGCUUAACUAUGCUGUUGCUAACGACGCUAAGGCUAAUUUAGCAACUUAGCAACCGGACCUCAUAGAACUAUGUACUCUCUCCUUUUUCUAUUGUGGAUCACGGAUUUGUAUUUUAAACCACCUCGGAUACUAUAUCCUCUUGAAAAUGAGAGUCGAGAACGCGAAAUAAACAUUCAGUGCCUUUUAUCUCCACGACAAUACAUCGGCGAAACGCUUUAGCUACGAGCUAACGUGAUAGCAUCGUGCUUUAACUGCAUAUAGAAACAAAAAAAAUAAACCCCUGAAUGGAAGGAUAGAUAGAAAAUCAACAAUACUAUUAAACCGUGGACAUGUAAAUACACGGUUAAUGCUUUCCAGGCUGGCGAAGGUUAACAAUGCUGUGCUAACGACGCCAUUGAAGCUAACUUAGCAACUUAGCAACCGGACCGCACAGAGCUAUGCUAAAAACAUUAGCUCUCCACCUACGCCAGCCAGCCCUCCUCUGCUCAUCAACACCCGUGCUCACCUGCGUUCCAGCGGAAGGACGAAGGACUUCACCCGAUGCGUUUGGCGGCCCGGAGACGUAGGAAGUCAAGCUUUGCUUCCACCCCACUUGAGAUCGCCAUCAACUUCCCCGCCUCCUUCCGGCAUUUUUUACGACAACGCGGGGUCAAGUUCCUGGGAGGCAGAAAACACACACAGCACCCCAGAAGCCAACGCGACAACAUCCUUGCCCCCGCCACUUCCUCCACGGCCGAGUUUCAUGAGGUACAUACCAGAGUACGUGUUGGUCUUACCUGCAUCCACCGCCUCUGAGAAAGAAAUUCAACCCCCACCUCUUGUCACGCCACCUCCAGCAUCUGCAGACGACAAAGGACCUCUACUGGGGAAUCCCAACGUGGUCCUUGUUAGUUUGGGAAAGUUUCUCUCAGAGGAAGUGCAGCACACGCCAGGAAAACCCGCCUCCUGCUGCCAGUGUGGUGCCGUGCUGGACUCCAGGUCUGACACCCCGGCAGAGGUUAAUGGCUGUUACUUCUGUCAAGCGUCUGAGCUGAGCAGCGCCUUCAGAAGCCAACAAGGCAUCGCCGCUACCGGUUUGCCGCACGGCCUCUUUGUGCUGAUCCCGGAUUCAAAACUCCAGAGCGCCUCGCAGCCUCUGCUCAUCUUCUGCAUCGACAUCUCGGCCUCCAUGAGCAUCACCUCUCAGGUGCUCCCGGGAGAGCACAGAUCCCGCCUGGAGUUUGUCCAGGAGGCUGUCCUACUGUGCGUCCAGAAGCUGUGUGAAGAGCAACCUCAGACACCUGUAGGGCUCAUCUCUUUCAACUAUCAGGUGGAAGUGCAUGGAUAUGGAGAUUUUCGAUCCCGCAUCCUAAGUGGUGAAGAGUUAGUGGACCAUAACUACCUGAAAGUCGCCGCCGCCGCUUUCCCCACUCCACCUCCGCUGUCACAGACCCAGGACUUCUUGCAGAAACAAGUCACAGCACUCGCUGCAGUCGGGACCACCGCGCUUGGCCCGGCGGCUCUUUUGGCCGUCACGAUGGCCUCCAGGCAUCCAGGCUCCAAGGUGAUCAUCUGUACUGAUGGGAAAGCCAACACCAUGUUAGGCAACCUGGAAGUGGAGGACAACGAUGCGCGCACUCUUCUGUCAUCCACCAUCUUCUACCAAGAUCUGGGGGAAUUUGCUGCCAAUCAAGGUGUGACGGUGUCGGUGCUUUCUAUCGAAGGAACUGACUGUAGGCUGGAUGAGCUGGGAAGACUUGCUGAUCGCACAGGAGGGAAAGUGUUGACUGCAAGUCCCAAUAUGCUGCAUUCCCAGUUUGAGCAGAUCAUUGAGAACUGCACGAUAGCCACACACUGCACUGUCACGCUGCUGCUGCCCAAAUCGCUGCGUGUGAAAGGAGAAAAAGAGGCCGGACACAAAGCGGCCAGAAAGGUGGGAAACGUGCACUUGGAUACAGAGAUCACCUUCCAGUUUGUUGCCAAUGAAGAAGACGCAUCAGCGCCACCUUCAGGCGGUCGCGUGUCCAUCCAGCUGCAGCUCAGAUACAUUCGGAGGGACGGACAGAGCAUGCUCAGAGUCUUUACCGUGGACCGUAAUGUUACCAAUGACAGCAUGGCGGUGCUGUCCUCCUUGUCCCUGCCCAUCAUUCAUCUCAACUCCUCGCAGGCCAGCGCCGCCCUGGCCGUCAGAGGCCGCUUCCUGGACGCCAGGCGGGAAAGCGAACUACAGAUGAAGCUCAUCGAGAGAGCAAUAAAGCACAACCGCAGUUCGGAGGACAGAGAGACGUACCAAGAAUGGGUCAACACCAUGGAGCCGUUAUACAACAACAUCCACAACUUCACCAGGGCUAGAUCCGUCAUAUCCGACUCUCAGUCUCUGACAGACGCGGGUGCAGUGCUGCUGUACACCAUGAAGCACAGCAACAGGAAGACCAUCAUGAUCAAGAACAAACAGGACCUGGAGCCAACAUACAACAUUCACUUUUCCCCUAACUGGCAGAAAUCCAAAUACUGAAAGACACACACACACACACACACACACGCACACACACACACACACACACACACACACGCACACACACGCACACACACACUCAUAGCUGAAAGGCCCUGUUGCAUUCUGCUUGGUCUCUGUAGGAAUUGCUGAGCAGGGGCCUCAUGUAAAGAGUGUUUCUUACUAAAAAUGGGCUUACGAUCAAAUCCAGAAAAAGGAUACAAAUUCAGACGUAUUCAAGUGUUCACACGCACAAAUCCAAGCACAUUUCUUUGUUGCAUCGCAAUCAACUUGAAGUCGACCGCAGACAUGUGCGUGGCUCUGCCCGCCCAGACCACGCCCCCAGAGGGAAAAUAACGGCAGAAAAUGGAUGUGUGGAUUGGUUUGAAUCAUGCCAGCAUAAUAUCACAAAGGCUAUGAAAGACUUUGACUCUUGUUCGAUUACUCAAUUUAUGAACAAAAUACAGGAGCACUUAUUGCGGUGGCAGCCGUACACGCGACCACCCGCUGAUGCUGGACAGGAUGUCACAGGAUCCCGUUUUGACGCCAAUAGAUGGAGAAAUGAUUGGCAAGAUUAAUUGAUAUAUGUCCUCACAAAUAUUUAUAUGAAUAUGAAGCAUUAAAUGCUUUGCCGAAAAAGUUAAUUUUGCGUCUUUGCCUUUUUUACAUCAUUGAAAUCAAAUGUUGCCAAGCCUGAAUGUUGGGUGGGGUUGUUUAGUCACUUUCCCCCCAGUCACCAUAAACUGGUGGCUCAAAAAACAAGUGUCGUCUAUCUACUCAUUCAUAUCGUUGACAGCUUUGUCACACUUAGUGGAUAAUUAUUCUGUCUCCUGACUUAUUGAUAUACUUGCUCAUUUCCUCUUUUGAGCUGCUCACUUUCACUUUCUAUUACCUCAUUUUUGUAAUGCCUCCACAACCUGUAGAAAGGGUGGUCCCCACAAGUGAUGAUCAAAAACUUGCUCCCCAUUCCAAAUGAUAACAUCAAAUCAGUAACAAAAUCGGCCUACUAUCACCUCAAAAAUGUAAAAAGACUUAGAGGGCUCAUGUCAGCUCAAGACUUUGAAAAACUUGUACAUGCCUUUAUUACCAGUAGGCUAGACUAUUGUAAUUGUCUCCUUGCAGGUCUUCCCAAAAAAACUGUCAGGCAGCUACAGCUUGUUCAGAACGUUGCUUCUAGAGUUCUAACAAAGACCAAAAAAUGUGAGCACAUUACACCAAUUCUUAAAUCCUUACAUUGACUCCCUGUACAUCAGAGAAUUGAUUUCAAAAUCCUCCUGCUCACAUAUAAAUCACUACAUGGUCUAGGGCCCAAGUAUAUUACUGAUAUGCUCCCACUAUAUAAGCCCUCUAGAUCACUAAGAUCUUCUGAGACCAAUCUGUUAGCGGUUCCAAGAGUAAACUCAAAUCAAGGGAGAGCAUCAUUCAGUCACUAUGCAAAAAAUAGCUGGAAUAAACUUCCUGAAGAUGUCAGACUUUACCCAACUCUGACUACUUUUAAAACUAGACUGAAGACUUUUAUGUUCACCUUAGCUUUCAGCUAAAUCUUUUAAUCUUUUAACUUUUAACGUCUGCACUGUUUUUUAUUUUUAUUGUAUGCAUUUUAAUUUUGCUUUUAUUUUCUUUCAUUUCACUUUGUUGUCUGUGAAGCACUUUGAGUCUGCCUUGUGUAUGAAAAGCGCUAUACAAAUAAAGUUGCCUUGCCUUGCCUUGCCUUGCCUAUUGUAAAGCGGUUCCAGUUAGACUUUUGUUAAAGACAAUGUAGUCAUAAUUUCUUGUUUCACUACUUCAGAGUCGAGCUACCU